AUGACCUAUAUCAUGAACAAUGUGUCUUCAAAGUCAGUUCCUUUAAUGCCAUAUGAACUUUGGACUGGUAGACAACCAGACUUGAGUAACCUUAGAUCUUGGGGAUCAAGUAUUUAUAUUUAUGAUUCUACAAAUAAAUAUGAAAAGUUGGGUUCUCCAGGAAGAAAUGUAUUUUUAUCAGAUACUCUGAGCAUUCUAAGAGUUACGUUGUGUUCAUUGGUAAAACAAGAUGAUAGAAGCAUUACUGAGAUUGAAUCACGAAAUGGAAAAUUUCUAGAGACUGAUUUUCCUAAGAGAGGUGAAAUUAAGGGGAAUGAACCUUUAUUUGAGUUAUCCGAUUCAGAUAAUAGGUUGUUGCCAAAUGAGUCAUCCAAAGCUCAAGUGGAUGAGUUGUUGUUUGAUUCCAGUGGGAGAGAUCCUGAUCAUAAUGAUUCAUCUGAUCCGAGUAGGAGUAACCCUAAUGGGAACAAUCCUCAUCACGAUGAUUCUUAUGAUCUGAGUAGGAGUAAUCCAGAGUAUAUUAAUUCAUCUGAUCCUCAACUUCGGAAGAGUAAUAGGAAAGACGAGGCUCUAUCUUGUCCUUCGAGGGACAAAUGGAUAAAUGCAAUGGAAGAAGAAAUGAAUUCAAUGAAAUCAAACAAUGUUUGGGAACUAGUUGAAAUUCCACAUGGUCGUAAAGCUAUUGGGAACAAAUGA